CAAGUCCCGCGCAAUUACAAAGUAGGAAUUAGAAGUGUUUCCGGAUGACUUGUAAGCUGGAGAUAUUAAUUAACUGUUUCAAAUUGUGAUGUUGGAGCUGGAGUAAUUUGUGUUUUUCCUUUCGGUGUUUAAUGUUUCUCAUAUAAACUGUCUUAUCCAACGAAUGUCAUCUUCGUAUUUUCACUAAAUAGGCGGUAUUUUGCAUAGGCAAAUAUCAUUUUUUUUUGUUUACGUUUUUGUUGCAAAAAAUUAUACCAUACCACUGCCAAUACCAGAACCGUUAUGUUGAUUUAAAAUGUGUGCCUUUAUAUUAAUGUGUUGAAGUGUGAAACAAGUAUAUCAUUCAUUGAAAUUUCCAUUCGGAUUAAUAUAUUGAUGCAAUAAAUUUAAAAUGAAAAUCUAGGGUCAGUUAGUCAGUUUUUAAAGUAUAAAAAAUGUCGACGGAGGAAGUGUUUACAGAAGGGGUGAAUGGCCAUGUUGAACCUGAGGAAGUUGUUGACGGUGGUAGGAAAGAGUCUGUUUCCAAAGAACCUCCACCAACUGUAGCACCAAAACCAAAAAGGUCUAGUGGUAGCAUGAGUGAACCACCACCAGUAGCCCCGCACCAGCAGCAGCAUGGUCACAUGACAGCAGAACAGAUGGAUGAACAGCGGAAACAGAAUAUUGCAUAUGAAUAUCUGUGUCAUCUCGAGGAAAGUAAAGUAUGGAUCCAAGUGAUAAAUGAGGAGUUGCCACCUACUACAGAGCUGGAGGAAGCCUUACGUAAUGGCGUGUACCUUGGUAAACUGGCACACUUUAUGGCCCCUACAAAGGUCCCACUUAAAAGGAUCUAUGACAAAGAUCAAACCAGAUAUAAGGCAAGAGGGCUCCAUUUCCGACACACAGAUAACUUGAACCAGUGGUUUCAAGCAAUGGAAGAAGUUGGACUUCCAAGGAUAUUUUAUCCAGAGACUACAGACAUUUAUGAUAGAAAGAAUAUGCCAAGAACUAUUUAUUGUCUUCAUGCUUUAAGCUUAUACCUAUUCAAACUUGGUAUGGCUCCACAGAUAGAAGAUUUGUAUGGCAAAGUAAACUUUACAGAGGAAGAAAUCAGUGCAAUGAGGCAAGAGUUAGACAAAUACGGUAUUCAGAUGCCAACAUUCAGCAAGAUCGGAGGAAUUCUAGCCAAUGAGCUGAGUCAAGAUGAUGCUGCAUUGCAUGCAGCUAUAAUAGCUAUUAACGAGGCCAUCGAAACACAAGUGACAGCAGACAUCAUGUUAGCGCUUGGUAAUCCAUCUGCAAACCUGAUGGGAGUCAUGAAGAAUCUUGCCGAGAAUUAUUCCACAAAUUUAUAUACUGCCAAACAAACAAAGACUGAAAAUGCCAAAAAUAAGCGUGGUGGUGAAGAUGGUACAAAAGAGUUUGAUGUAUAUGACGAAAUGUUAACGCAAGCUGAAUUACAGGGGAACCUGAACCUAGUCAAUACAACCCAUACGUUGAGUGAACUCAAUAAUGCCUUGUUAAAGGAAGACAAAGAGGGCAUUCUUAAGUGGUUGAAAUCAUCACACCUUGGGAUCAAGAAUGUUAAAGAUGAAAAUAUUGAACACUAUAUUACACAGCUUCAGGAUGUUCGACAAGUGAAAAAGAAUAACAACAAUGGGGAAGAUGUUCCACUAGACAAGGAAGAUAUACAACAAGCUGUAAAUACUGCAAACCUGGAGGCAGACGCUGAGUAUCAGAAAUCUCUAGCAGUGGCUGCUGUGAAUACAGCUAUUGAAACCAAAGAUUGUGACCUUUUGAUGAAAACAUUACAACACCCACGUUCCCAGUUACCGCAGGUACACGAGUUUGCUGGAAGUCUGUACAUGGAAGAGUUUUGCAGCAUGAGGGAAGAAAAAGAAAAUGAGGAUCAGUUAGAUUAUGGUGAAAUUUAUGCUGCUGUUGGAGUGUUGUCAGCGAUAGCAUCUAUAAAUCGAUGCAUUGACACGGGUAAUCCUGAGGGUACUUACGCAGCCCUGUCUGUAGAUACAGCAUGUAUAGAGAAUCUAGACGAGGAAAAUGCAGACAGGUACCAGAAUUCUCUAGAGGCUGCCAAAGCUAGCAAACAAGGGCAACCAUGUGAUCUGUUAACCCAUGCUGAAAUAACAGAAGUUGUAGACCAAGUCAAUGCCCAAGUUGAAGAGGAACAUUUAAGAAUCUUAGCAAUAUCGAAGAUAAACGAAUACAUAGAGCGUGGCAAUCCAGAAGAAACACUGGAAAUGUUAAAACUGCCGGAAGCGAAAGUAGAGAAUGUGGAAGAUAAACAAGCAUACUGCUACCAGGUGUUGUUGAUUCGGAAAAAGAAAGAAAAAGCAGAGAAACAUGGAGAUGACAGCGCUGAACUAUGGGUAGACGAGAUUCAAGCUUCAAUUGACAAGGGCAACAAAGAUGCCAAAGAGGGAGUAGAACUGUCUUGUGGUGUGGCAACAAUAAAUAAUGCAGUGGAUGCAGAUGAUCAUGAGGCCUUGACUAGUGGCCUUGGCCUACCUGGCGUAGGAAUACAAAAUGUCAGAACAGACUGUGCUCAUGCAUACCUAGAGGAGCUACAUAAAUUAAAAGAAGAGAAGCAAGCAAAGGGAGAGUGUGGGACUGGGUGGAUGAUGAAUCGUACCAAGGACGGUACAAAAUUCUUCUACAACACUCAGUCCCAGGAUUAUCUGUGGUGUAGAACUGAUGAUGUAAUUAAAGACCAUUCCCUAUUAACCAAAGAAGAAAUACAGGGAGCAAUUUCUGAGGUUACUGAUGCACGUAAUCGUGAAAUGUUAUUUGAAGCAAAUGAGGACUUUAUCAUCAAGGUUCAAGCUUUAACACGUGGUUACCUAACUAGGAAGAAAUUCCGAAAUCGUGUAACUUACCUUAAAGAACAGGAGCCAAGUGUUGUCAAAAUUCAGGCAUUCUUCAGAGGAGCAAGACAGAAGAAAGCUUACAAAGAACGUAUGGCAUAUUUAGCCGAUAACACCGAUUCUAGUUUGAAAGAUGUGGUGAUGCAUAAUAAAAAAUUAGCAAAACAAAGAGAAAAACCCCCAGGGGGAAAUCGUAAAAGUGCGUCUUUCCCAAGGGACGAAAAUGAUGUGAAAGAAAACAUGAUCGAAGGAGGAUUAAUUAUUAUUGAUUUGUUUUUACAUCUUUUCAGUUCCAAGGUUGAGAAGAUCACAGACAUCGUGACAGGCAAUCCCCUGGUCGUGAAAAUGAUUGUAGGCUUUAAUAGGAAUCAGCGAGGUCAGAAUGCCUUGAAAGAGAUGUUACAGCCGUUGGUAAUGGAUGUAAUACAGGAUAAGAAUAUACGUAUAAAUACUAACCCCAUAGAAGUGUACAAGGUCUGGGUCAAUCAACAAGAAUCAGAAAGUGGGAAAACUAGUGAACUGCCUUAUGAUGUAACCUCAGAAGAAGCAUUGAAACAUCCUGAGGUACUGCAAAGACUACAGGAAUCUACCAGCCAGUUACAGGCUCUCACUGACCGCUUCUUGAUGGCGAUAUUACAGUCCCUUGACAAAAUACCUUAUGGCAUGAGAUAUAUGGCAAAGGUGUUGCAUGCUGCUCUACAGAAAAAAUUCCCUGAUGCUCAAGAAAAAGAUAUUCUUAAAAUUGUUGGUAAUUUGUUGUACUACCGUUACAUCAACCCAGCCAUUGUUGCUCCCGAUGUGUUUGAUAUUAUUAACAUAAGUGCUGAGAAAGCGCUCACCACGGACCAGAGAAGAAACCUUGGAUCAGUCGCAAAGAUUCUGCAGUUUGCUGCAUCAAAUAAAGGGUUUGGUGGUGAGAGUUCCUAUCUUGCUCACAUGAACAGCUACAUCAAAGAUGCUCAUGAAAAAUUCAAGAAAUAUUGUUUAGCUGCCUGUGAAGUGGAAGAACCGGAGUUAAAGUUCAACAUAGACCAGUAUUCUGAUGUUACCAUGAUAACCAAACCUGUCAUAUACAUCUCUAUACAGGAAAUCAUUGAUACACAUCAGUUGUUACUAGAUCAUCAAGACAGCAUUGCCCCAGAUAACGGUGACCCCCUACAUGAACUGUUGGAAGAUUUAAGAGAGGUACCAAGUGGACAUGAGCUGUUAGGAGUUGAGAUAGGGGAUAAUGAGGCUCUUGAAGAACAAAUUCAUGCCCAACUUGGCAAAUCGGAGAUUACUUUAACACUCACUAACAAAUUUGAAGUACCGGAGGAUGAUCAAACAGAUAUAAAGACAUUGUUAAUAAGAACAAAGCGGAUGUCAGUUGAUGUGAUAGCAUGUCAAGGUGGUGAUACACUCUUACAGAUUCUUGAGACACCUGCUACAGAUGAACAAGAGGAACUUCACCAAGCUCUCGUCAAGAAGCGAGAUCUUCGUGACAAACGAGCGGCAAAAUCAGAUGGCAACAUCGUUCGUACGCAGUCAAUGUCGGGUGAUUGCCGUCUGCCACUACAUCUGAUGAAGACAAAGAUCAAGAAAAGUUUACAGAAUCUGGAGUUAGCAAAUGUUGUGACUAGGAAAGACGGAUACCAGGAAAUUAUAAACCUUAUCGCUCAAGAUAUUAGAAAUCAAAGAAGAUAUCGCAACAACCGUAAACAGGAGUUGAAUCGUCUCCGAAGUACGCUGAAGAGUUUGUCAGAGAAACGUGUCUUUUAUGAAUCUCAAGUAGACUAUUAUAACCAGUAUGUGAAAACAUGCACAGAAAAUCUACAACAGAAGGGGAGGUCCCACAAAGCGAAGGCAAACAAGAAUGCACGUAAAGCACAAGGCACGAUAAAAUACAGUGGUGCUAAAAUGCACGAGAAAGGUGUUAUACUGGAAAUAGAAGGAUUGUCACAGAACCAAUUCAAGAAUGCACAGUUUGAGAUAGCAGCAACAGCUGAUCCGGGUAUAUUUCAGGUCAGCGCUAAAUUUAUGGGAAUUGAUGUCGAAAAAGUAGAACUUGUCUUCCAGGACUUGUUGCAGUUACAGUACGAGGGUGUUGCUGUGAUGGAAAUGUUCGGAAAGACAAAAAUAAAUGUAAAUCUUCUAAUCUUCUUAAUCAAUAAAAAAUUCUACAGCGGUGGAAAGUGAACAGACACAAUCAAGUGAUGGAAUGACAUGAUGUCUGACGUAUGCGUAAGAUUUGGCAAGAAUUAGGUGCCACAGCUUGAGCAGUAAACCUGAUAUUUUAGGCGAAGAAAUUCAAGAUGAUAAAGCUUAUAUUAAAAUAGUUUUGAUGUGAAGUUCACAUCAGUUGUGGACAAAACUUUCAGAACCUUCAAAUCAUCAUGGAGAUGUUGAUUUUUGCAUCUUUUAUUGACAUGUAUAAUAAAACAAUAUAUUUUACUUACUAGGGUAACAUGCUUACAUAAUAUCUUGUUUUUGCUUUCUAGACCUAUUUAUGCAAACCUAGGACAUAGCCUGAAAAUUGCAUCAGAAAAUUAUAUAUAUAUAUAUUACUUUUCUUUUGGAUUUUGUCAAUUUUUAGUACAGUUCAAGAUAAAUUAAGUAUUGCUGGUCAGAUUUUUGAUUGGACAGUUUGUCUCUCUUUUUGUGUGACAUGUUUUUUAAAUGAUUGAUUUUAUCUAUGACUCUUUCCUGUUUCCCAAGCGUAUACAGUAGUACAAAACAGGAAAAAUUUAAAAGUUUUUAUAGUAUCAUUCAAGUAAUUACGGAAAGAAGGUUUAGCAAAUUGCUAAAGAGUUUAGCAUUUCAUCAGCAAGAUUGUUAUAACUCCUGCUUUCCAGAGGGCAUGUAAUAAGACAGGCCAAAUAAAAAAUAUAUUUGAGCCGUGCCAUGAGAAAACCAACAUAGUGGGUUUGCGACCAGCAUGGAUCCAGACCAGCCUGCGCAUCCGGGCAGUCUGGUCAGGCUCCAUGCUGUUCGCUUUUAAAGCCUACUGCAAUUAGAGAAACUGUUAGCGAACAGCAUGGAUCCUGACCAGAAUGCGCGAAUGCGCAGGCUGGUCUGGAUCCAUGCUGGUCGCAAAGCCACUAUGUUGGUUUUCCCAUGGCAUGGCUCAUUUAACAAUUAAAUACACUAUCAAGCAAAGGACUGGAAACAUAAAAAUGACCAUGGAUUUUUAUGUAGACAAGAUAUUAAUUUUUUGUUAAAUUUGGAUUUUAUGUUGAAUUGAAAAUAUAUACAUAAAACUGAUUUUAAAACAUUUAAUAUGUAGGCACAAAUUUGUGUUGGUUUUUUUUUGUGAAAAAGGACAUUUCGUGGGGAUGUGAUUUCGUGGAUUCAAGUUAUAAAUAUAAAAUAAGUGGGAAUGUUACUGUUUAUUUUGGAUUAAAUUUUGUGGAUUUACUCAUUCACCAAAAUGAGUCCUUCCAUUAUAACAAAUUUGUCAUUAUAAGCAGGAGUAGAUGCUCUAUUUUUCGCAAGGUUUGAGAGACAAUGUAUUUAUGUCCAAGUCUAAAGUAUUUAGAUUGUCUUUGUUAAAUUUAUGAAACAGGAAAUCUUUAUUACAUAUUCUUUAACAAACUGUUAAACAGUUAUUUCCCCCUUACUCCCUGUAAUUGUUAAAUUGAGCCGUGCCAUGGGAAAACCAACAUAGUGGGUGUGCGACCAGCAUGGAUCCAGACCAGCCUGCGCAUCCGCGCAGUCUGGUCAGGCUCCAUGCUGUUCGCUUUUAAAGCCUAUUGGAAUUGGAGAAACUGUUAGCGAACAGUAUGGAUCCUGACCAGACUGCGCGGAUGCGCAGGCUGGUCUGGAUCCAUGCUGGUCGCACACCCACUAUGUUGGUUUUCCCAUGGCAUGGCUCAAUUGUAUUUUUGAAUCUUCAUUAAGCAGUUAAGCUGUAUUGUUACAUGUUAUAUGGAGCUAGUCUCUAUGUUUGUUGAUGCAUUUACUAAGAUCUGCCUUAUAUUUAUGUAUUUGUUGCUUAUAUAAUGUUUGUUAGAAGAUUGUGUUCAAGUAAUCUGUUCAUGUUACAUUGUAUAACCAGUAGAGAAUUAUUUUCAGCCAUAAACAAGAGAACAGGUCAGUACUGGUAUAUAAUCAAGGAAAACUGGGUAGGCAAACCUACCUUCAUUUUGUAACUUAAUAUCCUUAACAGUUAAACCAGUAUUAAACAAACUAACUACUGUAGAGAACAUUAUCUUGGCGCAAGGAGUGAUUAACUGUAUUGGCAUAAAAAAGCACAUUUUUCCUGCAUUACAAUUUUAAGUAAAUUCCAUCAUUUUUCUACAAUGAAAAGUUCACCAACAUUUAAUACAACAUUCCUGUUAGGAGUUUCUUUCAGUAGUGUUUUGUUAUUUACUUGACUGUAUAAAUUACUUUACAAAUUGUAAGUUAUAAACCAGGCUUCCAUUUACAUUGUUAGCUGCUUGCCUAUAGGGACCAGUUCAAAUCUUCUUGGUAUUUUGUAUAAUUUGAUGUACAUUUUAUUUAUUUUAUACUUACAAUUUUUUUCCAUGUUUGUGGACCAAAAUGUUAUUGCUUUGUAGGUUUUUUUUUCUUCUGAAAUAAUGCAUUUACAAGUUUACGUCUUUGUUUGUCUCUAUAUAAUUGUUAAUACUUUUGUAAGUACUUAAACCGUGUAUUAUCCAGAAGUGCUUUUUUACCAUAUAUUUAUGCACAUUGAUUGUAAAGGACCUUUCUGCUUUCAGGUGUUUAUUAUCUAGAGGUAAUGUUGAUAAUGUUCUUCAUUCAGUAUUGUAUAUUGUCAGUCUGAAAGUAAUUUUUCCUGUACCUUCGAAACAUUUGGGAUAGCUGUUAGCUACGUGCAGGUAACAGGUUAUUUUGUGAUACGCAAUCAAGAAAAAUUUUUAGGCCGAUUGACUACUCUUAGUUUGAAAAAUAAAUGCAUAAAACACAAAUUGAAAUAAACAAAAUUCUGCCACUUCACCUUGAAACCUUAUUUGUUGUGGACACAUUCUUGGGAGAAAAAGAAAAAAGUCAUCAGUACAGGUGUGGCUUUUUAAUUGUGGAUGAUAAGAAAUAUGAAAACUUUGUUUAUAGUAUUGAUGUUGCUUUGAAGUGCAGUACUGAACACAUUGCAUUUAUCUUCAAACUUCUAUUAUGUAAAAUUAUUUAGUCUGUGACAAAGGAAAGAAUACUUUGCAUGGACACUAAACAUUUAUCUUUGAACUUCAUCCAGAUGUGAACUAUUAAGUCCCUGGCUUAGCUCAUUAGUACAUAUUAAUCAGUUUUGUGUAAAAAUGGAACCAGUGAUUAGCAGAAAUUCUGUUGAGAGAUGUUAUUGGUAACUUGUAAGAAAUUCUUUUGUUUCUUCUUAUAACACUAUGAUUCAAGGUAAAUGCUUCCUUGCUGCAACAUAACAGUCUGAAUAUUUCCAAAAUCAGUGUUGUCUUAAAAUAUAAGAAGUCAUAAAUAAAUAUUAAAUUGGUCAUUCUGGAGUGAAGUAUAGUGUUUGCAGAAUGCCCUAUGAAAUUGAUGAGAGCUUUCUGGUGUGCUUAGUGUUACAUCUGUCGGCAAAUGAAAACAUUUAUUUUUGGAAAAUUUGACACCUUUUAAUGUGGGUGUAACUUGGAAUUAAGAAUCUAUUAGCUUUGCUGAUGAAGGCAUACAGUGUUUUUUUAUCAACAGAAUGCAUUUAUUUUUAAUGUUCACAAAAUUUAAAGUCUGUAUCAUCUUGCUGAUAUGUAGUGUGUUAAGGUUUUGUGUUUGUUCAUUUAAUGAAGAGAUAAAGAAACAAUUUUGAUUCCAAUAUGAAUUUGUACAUUGAAAUAGUACACAGUGAUAGAGCAGCUAAUAUAGUUGAUGGAGAUCUUAAAUUGUUUUAAAACAUUAUUGUUAUGAAUUGGUCAUAAUGGGUACAUGUAAACUCAGGGUUUCAAAAAUAGCUGGUUUCUUGAUUUUAGACCAAUUUUUAUGCCCCACAUUGAGUAUAUUGCUCAUUGUCCAUCUGUAAGUAGACCGUUUUGGUUUCCACCCAACAUCGCGAGAAUGCUUGGUCACACUUAAUAAGAUGGUUGUUGGCGGAAGAUGAUCACUAUUUGUUUUGUUACGUAGGUCAAACAUCAGGUCAUAGUGGCCUGAAGGCUAAAAAUGGUGUCAUGUCAGUAACUAAAGAACAUUUCUUCUACAUUUGUUGAACUUCAUAGGAUUAUUGUGCCCAUUUUGGCCCACAUUAGAUGAUUUCCAGUGAUUAUCAGAUGACCCUUAUUGUUAUGGAAGUCAAUAGCCCAAAGGUCAGGGUGUCACAUUGACCUCAAGACUGAAAAUGGUUUCCACUAAAUAACACUUUGGUGUCUCAAAACCCCAUGGAAUGAUUGCCUAUAUGGAGUAGAUGACCCCUAUUGUUUUGCGUGUCAGUCGUUGAAUGUCAAGGGCACAAAUAUCUUUAGACUGAAAAUGGUGUCUAAUGCUUAGGCAGUCUAUUUUCAUAGGAUGGUUGCCUGUAGUCAGUAGAUGACCCUGCUUUUAUUUAGGUCAUUUGGUCAAAGGGCAUGGUUACAGCGUUCAAAAUUAUUUACCCACUUACCUCCAAUAGUCUAUCAUGGAGGGCAUGUGGUUUACAAACAGCCCUUGUAAGCUUUUCAGACUGUUUUAUAAACUAAGUUUUAAAAAUACUGGUUUGAGAAAAAGAUAAAUAUUUGGUCUAAAAUACCGAUACACGACCACUUGCAAGCAAGAAAUUGUUGAUCACACGUACAAAUCUUUAAUUAAAAUGGGAUGUUAGGGAGAAGUAAUUAGUGUGUAACUACAGUGUUUCCUUUGAUGCUUGCAGCUAGUAGAUUUCAGUGUUUUAUAUAAAGACCAACUGUUUGUAUUCAGAUCAAUCAUUAGCCUUGUUUGAGCUAAUAAAUGUUUUUAUUGCUUGAAUAGGACCAAUUGUGCUAUGCAGCUGCAGUUUUGUAUUAACAUCUAGAAAUCUGAAAUGCCGCUAAUUAGAGAAAUUAUUUGUAUACUAUUAUAUCUGUUUUCAAAGAAAAUACUUGAACAAGAGCAAAAGAACCCAGUAAAAUGAUCUACUGUAGAAUGUAUACAUCACAUGGGGAAACCAGCAUAAAUUACUUGAUUUUUCGAAAUUUGCUUGAACGAUAAAAGUAUUGGUGCUUUUGUUUAACUACAAUGAUUUUUUUUUUUCUGCAUCAAACACGACCAGACUUUUUUUACCCGAUAAGGUGCCAAGAUAAUUAGCCUCUGUUAUUUAGGGCUUGCUAGAAUUUCUCAGUAAAAAAGCACAAAUUGACUUCUAAUAGUAUAUGAUUACUUGAGGUAUUUGGUAAAUCAUUUUUACUAUGUAUAAAUAUAGUGGGUGGGGUAGCACCACAUUUGGAAUGCUUUAGUUUUCAAAAUUUUCAGAGCCCUGAUGUAAAUUAACUUCAUUUGUUAUGGUUUCCAACUUUGUGUUCAAUGCUGAUGCAAUAGAUAUACUAGAUAUAUAUAUAUGAGAAGAUUGUACAUAAAGCUUUCAAUAAAACUGUCAGUAACUA